UGCAGCCGCGGAGAUGCUGUCCACCGAGAUGUUGUAGAGUAGGUUAGUUUUUGGUGAAGACUGAAGUAGAUGAGGAGCGGCAGGAGACACAGACAAACCAUGAAAGAUCUGAUUAUUCUCAGAGGUUUGCCCGGAGUUGGAAAGUCAGAUCGCGCAAGGGAGCUCCUUGAUGAAUAUCGAAGACCAGGAAUACAAGGGGAGAUUUAUUCCACAGACCGCUACCAUGAAAUGUUCGACUGGGACACACAAUACUUCAACCGCAAUCACAUGUGGAAUAGACGGGAUGUUUUUAGAGCCAUGAAAAGUGGUGUGACUCCUAUCAUCGUUGACAACACGAACGUUAAUUGUUGGCACAUGUACCCUUAUGUCUUCAUGGGGAUGCACCGCCGCUAUUACAUCACAAUAGAAGAAGUGCCUCGUGGGUAUCCUGGAAACUUCAUCCCCCUCAACAAACUGUACAGGUUGUGUAGCGGUAAUAUCCCCAAACGGACGUUCAGAAAAUACAGGGACGGCUGGGAAGAAGUUGACAACUACCGGGAUGUUCUGGAUGACGAAUUCUCCCUCAAAAGGUGGGAGCGUAGCCGCGAGGAAUGGAACGUCAACUGACGAAGAUGCUCUACGCUUUUAUUUUCUAUGAGCAACUAUUUUUACCUUAUUAACCCCCCGCCAUUUAACUUGCAGUUUCUCCUUCUUGCACUAUAUAUAUCGCUCUGGAUAGGAACAUUUGCGAAUUGCUAUAACGAAAUCGAUUUGUACACAUUUUUCACCAGAUUUUAGUUCUGGGUAAACCAAGAUUACAUACUGAAUAUUGCUUGAAAUAAAAGUCUGAUGAAACACACUA